AUGGACGACCACCAGAGCAAGGUGCAGCGGCUGUACGACGCGUGCGACGCCGUGUUCUCGUCGGGGAGCAAGGCUGGGUUGCCGACGCUCACGCAGAUCAGGUGGCUGCAAGACCUCCUUGAUGGCAUGGAGGCGGCGGACGUCGGGAUCGACGCGGGCGGCGGCGGCGGCGGCGGCGAGAGGUCGUCGUCCUCGGAGGACGACGACGAGCGGAGCCCGCUGGGGCGGCGGUUUCUCUCGGCGGGGGAGUUCACCCGGAUCACCUACGUGCACAUAUACGAGUCCGACGAUUUCUCGAUCGGCGUGUUCUGCUUCCCGGCCGGCGCGACGCUGCCGCUGCACGACCACCCGCAGAUGGUGGUGCUGAGCAAGCUUCUCUACGGCUCGAUGCGGGUCAAGUCGUACGACUGGGCGAACGCGGCCCCGUGCUCGGGCCCAAGGAAGAGUGGUCUAGCCAGAGUGGUCGCCGUCGACGAGGUGCGGGAGGCGCCGUGCAAGGCGUCGGUCCUCUUCCCGCGGAGCGGCGGCAACGUCCACUCCCUCACCGCCGUCACGCCGUGCGCGCUCCUCGACGUGCUGGCGCCGCCCUACGCCGAGGACCUCGGCCGGCCGUCCACCUACUUCUCCGACAUCCCCAUCCCUUCCCUCCCCGGUUUUGCAGUAUUGGAAGAGGCAGACUUGCCCGACGGAUUUCGUGUCGCAGGGGCCCCAUAUGUAGGUCCCGAACUCACGCUAGACACGGACAGCAUGUAUAACUAUAGAUAG